AUGCUGCGGUUUGUUUACCAUCCUUCGAACAACUUGUUCAAGCACAUACGGAAUAAUAAUAUUAGAACGUGUUCAUAUAGCCAUGGGUAAACUGGGUAAAAGAAAAUUACCGAUUGCUGACGAGCAGGACGAAGAAUAUGAUUUACCGAGCAAGCACAUAUUACGCUCUCGUAUAAAGGCUGAUGAACGUCGUCUCGUAAUCAUCCUCGAAGGUGCACAGCUAGAAACGGUGAAGGUGGGAGCAUCGUUCGAGUUGCUUAACUGCGACGAUCAUACGAACAUUCUGAAAAGAAAUAAUCGUGACCCAGGCAGCUGUCGUCCCGAUAUUACACACCAGUCGUUGUUGAUGCUGAUGGAUUCUCCGCUGAAUAGAGCGGGAUUGUUGCUGGUUUUCAUCAGGACUGAGCGAAACGUUCUAAUUGAAAUCGAUCCACAAACUAGGAUCCCUCGAACGUUCAAAAGAUUUGGUGGACUGAUGGUGCAAUUGCUGCACAAGUUUUCGAUAAAGGCAAGCGACACGCAAAAGAGGCUGAUGAGAGUGAUAAAAAAUCCUGUCUCGAAUCACCUGCCCGUCGGAUGCCGUAAAAUAGCCAUGUCAUUCAGCUCCGAAAAAGUUAACAAUGCGCGAGAGUUGGUACCGGCGAAAGACGAACCGAUAGCAUUAGUCGUUGGAGCAUUUGCGCACGGCAAUUUAAAUUUGGAUUACACCGAGGAAACGAUAUCGAUUAGCAACUAUCCUCUAUCGGCUGCACUUACAUGUUCAAAGCUUUGCUCAGCGUUCGAAGAAGUGUGGGGAAUUGUCUAAAUGAAUGAAAUAAAAAUCAAUAUGCGAUUUGCAACAUUGCAAAAUCUGCUUAUU